UAUGAAAACAAAACAAAAAAAAUUUCCUGGCGAGCGGACGUGUUAGCGGAAGAAAGUUUGAGACCAGAACGGAAAACAGAACAGAACACUAGUUGGACAGCGGGGAGAGGGCAAGGCAGAGAAAGUGCCAUAUGAACUGAGUGUGCGAGCGAGAGACAGCAACUUGGGCAUUGCUUUUGAGUGUGUGUGUGUUUAGUUCAGUGAGCGUAGUUGUGUGGGAGUUUUGUGUACGAAGCGAUUGGCAAGCAAACAACAAACAUAAUUCCAAGGAAAUUUCCAGUCAUCAUGUCGGUGGAAUCCUCCAGCUCGGCGGUUCAGCAGCCACCGUCGUCCUCGAACUUGCCGCUCCUGGGCGACAAUCAGGUGGUGGCCACCACCAGCUCCUCGACCUCCUCGGCCUCCUCCUCCUCCUCGUCCUCCUCAUCGGGGGGCGGCGGAAAUGUGGUGGGCGUGCCGUUGGACACGCAGAGCACUGGCGAACCUCCGGCCAAGAAACAGCUAUUGGACAAUGGUGCCACAAGCAGCAGCAGCAGUUUGCUCUCCAGUGCUGCGGCCGCAUCUGGGAUGCACGAAAAGCUUGCACAUCGCAUCUCCAAUGCUCUAUGCUGUGCCGUUUGCCUGGAUCUGCCCAAGACGGCCAUGUACCAGUGCCAGAUGGGUCACCUGAUGUGCGCCGCCUGUUUCACCCAUCUUCUAGCGGAUGGACGCCUGCGCGAUCAAAUUGCCACUUGCCCCAAUUGUCGCGUGGAAAUAUCAAAGAGCACUGCUUCGCGUAACUUGGCCGUGGAGAAGGCGGCUUCAGAAUUGCCCAGCGAGUGUCAGUUUUGCAACAAGGAGUUCCCUUACAAAUCACUCGAACGCCAUGAACAACACGAGUGCCAGGAGCGCCCAACCAAAUGCAAAUAUCAUCGCAUUGGCUGCCAGUGGCGUGGACCCUUCCAUGAGACUAACGAGCAUGAGCGCAACUGCUUGCACCCUCAGAAGUCUGGCUACGAGGUGAUGGCUGCCCUGGAGGCUCACGAUGAAAGGAUCAAGGAGGAGAAAAAGAUGUUCAACACCCUGAUUGACUUGCUAAGCUACGAGAAGAUCAUAUUCAAUGAUCUUCAAAUGAAACCCUAUCGAACGGACGAGUAUGUGCACAAGCUUUUCUACGAGACGGCUCGCUUCUCGGCCUUCAACCAGCAGUGGGUGGUGAAGGCCCGCAUCAACAACAGCCAGCGCGAUCCGCACCAGUCGAACGAGCGUACCAUCACCUAUCAGCUGAUCCUGAAGACCAAGACCAGCACGCCCAUGAGCAUACAUUUCUUUGCGCUCAAGGGUCCGUUCUCCGAUAUGAAAGUUUCCACCCAGAUAUACAAACACGAAUUCACCGAGACGAGUACCGAGAGUGAGUACUACGUCUUGCCAUUACCAGAUGGCAUCGGCGGUAGCGGCUCAAGUGAAUGCAACCGUAUGCUGGCCAACAAAGGCAUUAACUUCCGCCUGCUCAUGUUUCUGCUGAACAAGUAAACACGUUCACUGUUUGCAGCCGAUAAAGAUUUUCAAAUUAGCUUAAGUUUGUUGUUUCAAACUCUUGAAUGUGCAAAACCUAGACCUAGUUGACUUAUAUUUUCUAUAAAUGUAUAUGUAAAACUUCGAUACGGAAACCACGAGCCUAGCCUAACAGAGACCCCGACCCGCGCCCCCCAAGAACCCACAACCCGUUCACAAUAACGUCGUCAUAUAUAUUUCAAUCAAAUUCAAGAUCACGCAGACGUAACGCGGUAGGUUGUAACCUAAGUUUAGUGUAGAUUCGCCUACAUUUUGUACAUGAGAUAAUGCCAUUUUAUGGAGACACUUUUUCAAUAACUAUGUUAAUUUUGCUGUUAGUGCUGGUGGCGAUAUGGAAUCGAUUGAUGGA